UGUUUCCCGAAUUCCACUAAGUUGUCAGAAGAGAGACGCAAGAAGACUAUCUCGUAUAUCGUUACGAAUGCUAUAACUGGUAGCAUGAAUCAACAUGUUACGUUGCUGGACAUGAAAAAGACAACAAAGCGUUGUUUACCGUUAUUCUUAUUUCAGCUUGAAUACAGACACGACAACCUGACCAUUUAUGAUGGUUACGACAAUUCUUCUAGCUCAGUUAAAUUUAGCGGCUGGUAUCUUCCAGACCCGUUCUAUUCAACCGGACGGCACCUCUACAUUGAGCUGAAUGCGGACGGUGAUGUUCAGUGGUCAGGUUUUCUUGCCACAUACGUAUCGGGUAAGUUGCUAAAGCCGCUGAUACUUACAUAUUCUGCACCACAUACUGUACGAUAUUUUGCUACAUCAGAUCCGUUGUGUAAAUACAGCUGUACUGUGUACGAACGAGAGAGAUACUGGCUGUCAGACUCGUUCAAAUGUCGGUCGGAAGAUGUUAGUAUAGAGUUGUUGGAAUCCGGAUAUGAUGGUCUAAUCAUUUACGAUGGUUACAACACAUCCUCCAGUUCCGUUACUCUUAGUGGCUGGCAUCUCCCUGAUGCAUAUCAGUCAACAGGAUCGUCUCUGUUUAUAAAGAUGAAGACGGACGAAGACAUCCCAAAAUCAGGAUUUCUUGCUACGUAUACAUCAGGUAAACAGAUGGAAAAUUGA